UUCACUGCGUCUUGUGACUAGUGGCUAGAAAUGAAGCGUACAGCUUGCGAGUGGUUAUAAAUGGCUGACGACGCUGUCGUGCAAAAAUUGGCUUCUCUUCUGUUCGAAACAGGAGAAAAUAUUGCGAAGGGGUUGAGCUGCUUAUCUUUGACUGGAAGAACCCUCAAGAUUGUAAACGACGCCGUAACAAAGCAAGAACGAAGUGGUGAGACGCAGCCGUAUUCAACAGUGUUUGCAAGAAACGUUUCGUUUUUGAAGGAUUUCUUCUCAGGAGUGCCAGCGGUGAAAAUAUCCGGACUUCCGAAUCACCUUGACAACUUUGUGGACUUGAGUGCAUUCAAGAGCUUACACUCACUUUCAAUCAAACGAGUGCCUGUUAGCCUUGUUCUGGGCUUGAGUGGGUUGAGAGAGCAGUGUAAGAGGUUGUCCUGUCAAAGAUGUGUUACUGAUAUCAAGGAUUUGUUGCUAACAUGUGGAGGUGAUCAAAGUGGCCCAUUGUCAUGGUCCGUACUCAUCGAUCUCGACCUCAGCUAUAACAACAUCUCGAAGCUGAACGACUCAAUGAAACUCUGCUUGUCGGUUCAAAGACUGGACUUGAGUCAUAAUCAAAUUGUCCACGAUGAAGACAGUCUACAGUACUUGCAUCAUCUGUGUACACUCAACUUGGGAUUUAACAGACUCGAACUGUUACCAAAGUUGAAUCAACGAGCUUGCCUUUGUUUGACUCGCCUUGUAUUGAGGAACAAUAAUCUCAGUGUCAUUGCAGGGAUAGAGUGCUUGAAACACCUGGAGCACGUUGAUCUCUCAUACAACUGUUUGAUCAGUCACAGCGAUCUUGCUCCUUUACAGCAGCUCAAUCAACUGACGAAGCUGUUUCUCAACAACAAUCCAUUGGCAUUUCAUCCUUAUCAUCGAAGUCUAACAGCGGGUCAUCUGUCUUCUCACAUAAAUCCUGAAGCAAUUUCCUUGGAUGGAAAAAGGCUGACAGAUUUAGAGAAACACUAUCUUCCCAAGCCCGACAGAUAUGGUGUUCCUUCUCCUGCUACUGAUUCAUUGUAUCUUACAGCUGGAGGUUCAUCACUCACUGUGCCAAGGGAUGCAGGAAAGUCUCCACAGAAGCUAACUCCAUUGUCGAAAAACAAAGGAAAAGAAAGAGAAGCUUCAAUACAUGAAGAGGAUUUCACACGAUUUGAAAAUGGAGAACAAUCAAGAGUAAGGACAAAACUCGUGUUUGAUGACAAUGACAGUGCAGCAAAUCGUAAACGAGAACAGGUAGAAAUGCUACGUAAAGAAGUUGGAGAUGAGUGGCUUGUUUCAUAUCAAGAAAGGAACAAAAAACCGGAAGAGGAUGCUGCCAAUGCUUCUGGCAGUGCUGUUUCAAUCAGUAAAGUUGGCAGUGACAUAAACCGUUGUGAAGAAUUUCAGAAGCAGCCAAAGCCAUCAAGUGUUUUUGACAAAGAUGACGACGAGCAAGAUGGUGUGAAUGAUGGUGUGUGCCAAGAAGUAUUUACUGUGUGGCUGGAAGACUCUGAUGAUGAAAAUCUUGAUGAGGAGACAUCUUGUUUUGUGUGUGUCACUGACAGAUUUGUUGUUGAGAAAGACAAUUCUGCCAAAGAAAUCGACAGGCUUGAUCGCAACUGCCUCCAAAAAGCUGUUUUUGAGCCUGGAAGUAUCGAGGAUGGAGACACAACUAGAAAUCGCCCAAUGGUUCGGUUAGAGUUUGAUCAUACAAGACGAGAUCGUCGCAAACGCCAUUACUUUCUGGAGACUAAAGAACAAUGUGAAAAGUUAAUAAGCAUUCUUCAGGCGAGCAUCAACGCCAAUACAGCUGUUCAAUUGAUUUGGCCAAAAUACGAGUGUUUGAAAUGUUCAACUGGUUUUAAGCACAGUUCACAUAACAACAGUGACAGUUCUGUUCUUCCACAUUGCCCGCGCUGUAACAGUGACCAUGUUGUUGGUCGAGGCUUAGGUGGUGGAGGAUCAUCAGUGACACAACAGCCAUCUAUUUCGCGACAGUCAACUCCUGUACCAUUUAUAGAACUCAUUCGUGAGUCAACACCAGUAAUGUUUGACUCGCAAUCAAUUGCAUCAGUAGGAGAAAUUAGUAAACCAUCCAGAUACGACAGUCACGCUGCAAACAUGGUGCUUGGUGAACAGCCAGCAGCAAUAAUAACCACCGAGUUGGUUGAAGAUUUGGACAAAUCAUGUUCAUCGUCUUUCAUUGACAACGUAGACGAAAUUAAAUCAACCGACAGCAGCAACAGCUCACCAGCGAUGCAAAAACAUAACAUGUUACCUACGAAACAUCAUCGAUCCUUGAGUCAGCCAUGGAACGGCUUGGUGGUCAAUAAAGGCAUCUUAAGGUGCAAGAGCGAGGACGAUGUGGGACUACAUUGUACACCAGACAGUGUGAACGAAGAAACUAUUGCUGCAAGUAGCUGGAGUAAUUCGAUACGUGUAGCAUAUGAGAGAGAGUCUUCACGAACAGGGUUUCGAAGUCAUUCUACCAGUCGCACAGCUAGUUUGGAUUCUCUUCUGGGUGGUAGCUCACCAAACACAUCACGUAAAUUUUCAUCAAGUGUUAAGACUACGACUACGUCAGCAGUAUCUGAGACAGCAAACUCAUCGAGGAAUGGUUUGAGUUCGUUGUGGAUGGAAAUAGAUAGCAACAACUGUACAGAUAUUCAUCACCGCUUAAAACUUUAUUACGACUUGCAACUGUUAACAGAAGACAGUGAACAGUUUGACAGCCAUUUCAAGUGUGAUGUGGUGUUGUGUAACAAGGCAGACGAGCAGUCAGGUUUGGUCAUAUUAUCGAAUCGUCGCUGCUUCCUUUGCACAUGCAGUGAGCUGCCACACUCUUUUGAGGACUGGAGUUGGAUCAGAGUGAACGGCCGCUACUCGUUUGACAGUUUAAGGAUAGUCACCGUUGGCCUGGGGAAGCAGUCAAUACGACUUGAGUUCAAAUCUUCAAGCAGUGUUUACGUGUUGCUGUUUAAAGACGCAAUGAGGUCAAGUAUUUUCAUAAAUCGUCUAGCAGCGUGUGCUCGAGCCGACAUUCCUAUGGCUGAGGUUUGCCCAUUGACUCAAUAUAAUCUCAGAACUCUGACACUGGGUUGGGGCGAUCUGGAAUCUCUGAAAGCAAUGGCGUGUGAUAUUAGGAGUGUACUCUUGGAUUCUACUGAUCUUAUACAAGACAAGAGACAACACGGCAUUGUGUAUCGGCAGUCAACGGCCGGUUCAGAUUUGGUUUCGUGGCUUUGCUCUAGAAACGUAGCACCUGACAAACCAAAAGCAUGUGCUUUGGUGCAACAGUUAGUCGACAUUAAGGCAUUGUGUCAUCAUGUUAUACAUCAAGACGAAGAUGCAGAUUCUGCUGGACUUUUCAGUUUCAGUGCCGAAUUGGGUGGAAAAGAUGACCCAUUUGAGCUCUUUGUUUUGUGUCACAGGAUCAUUGAUGAAGAGUGUCAAGGGACGGUGGCAUUUAUGGUAACAACUACUGAUGUGUAUUUGCUGCAGCAGAAUUUUCACCAACCCGAGCCAAAUAUGACUGAUGAUUUGUUGCAACAAUUUUCUGCACCACAAUUUAUAACAACUGCUGAAGAACAGAUUUCGAAUAUCAGUGAACUGAUUGUUUACAAGUCUCACCCUCUCAGAUUGUCAUUUGGAUUCUUUGAGAGUGAAGAAAGCAGAGUGUGGGACUUGCAGUUAGAGACAGUGAUUACGAUGGAAAUACUGAUAUCAACGGUGUCGAGGCUGUGGCAACGUGAGUUCGAAGUACCACUGGAAGUAACAGAACUACCUUAACCGAACGAAUAAGUAAUUUGAUACUCAACAAGAGCAAUGGCAUGAACAAGCCUUAUUUUGCCUGCAUGCAAAAUGGAAUGUACAUAUAUAUACUAACUAUAUUUGGGUGUGGUCCGUGCCAGUCAGUGAAUACUUUCAAAUUAAAUAUUGUUAUACUGUUA